CUCUCUUGGGAUGCGACGCCCCACCCCCGCCCCUCCUCAACGGCCUGCGCGCUCGGCCCGGUUUCCUCCUGCGCUGCCCUAGGUCGCUGCCGCCGCCGAGGGUCGCGGCGCAGCCUGUGGGCGGGGAGCGGGUGCCCCCGGCCGUGCCGGAAGCCAGGAGCGGAGGCUGAGUCCGGGAUGGCGCGCCAGGUGUCCAUGGCCUUCCAGGACCUGGCCGUGCGGUUCUCCGAGGACGAGUGGCGGCUGCUGGGGGAGGGGCAGAGGGCGCUCUACCUGGACGUGAUGCGGGAGAACUACGAGACGCUGGCCUCCCUGGGGACAGUGGAGCUGCUGCCCCUCUCUGCCUUCCUGUCUCCCUCGGAGCCUGGAGGAGCCACGGGGGGCGGGAGCUGUGCUGGUGAUGGGCCGGAGCCUCCUCGGGGAGGAGGGCCCCUGGGAGGAGCCCCCCAGCACAGCCUGCACCUCAGCGCCCUGGUGCAGCUGGUGAAGGAGAUCCCAGAGUUCCUGUUCGGGGAAGUCAGCCCUGAGGGCGGAGGAGCCAGCCUGGACGGGGAGGGGGCGAGCCCCGAGGCAGCUGUGAUGGGGGACACUUGCCCUCUCCGAGGCUUGCUCGGCUGCCUUCCAGACACACCUGUCGGCCGGCCUGGCCUGGCCGCCAUGCCCAGCGGCGGCUCAUCCAGCAGCCCGCCCAGAGCCAGGGGGCAGGGGAGCCCCCUCCCCAUCAAAGCUGCUGACAUGCCAAGGCCUGUGGAGGAGGAAAGCCCAGGAGCCCCCAGCGAGGAGCCUAGCCCUCCCACCUGUAGCCCCGGCAGGUGGAAGAGCCACAGGACUCAGGAGAGAGGGACCACGGGGGCAGGAGCCGCAGGAACCUCUCCUGGGAACAGCCCCUUGCAAGGCCUCAUCAGCUGCCUGAAGGAAAUCCUCGAGCCCGGGCCCCAGCACCCCGAGCGGCCCCAGGCCUUACUGCCGCCCGUCCCCAGCCUGGGUGCGUCCCCGCUGACCGGAGCAGAGCCGCGGCCUGGGAGCCCGCCCUGGGCAGUGAAGACAGAGACAGCCUCAGGGGAUUGUCCCCUCCAGGGUCUGCUGAACUGUCUGAAGGAGAUCCCAGAGGCCCGGGACAAGCAACCCAGCCCCUCAGGAGCAAGGGACCCACGGCUGCAGGAGGACCCAGGGGCCUGGAAAAGGAAUUCUGGAGGGCUCUGCCCCCUCCAGACGCCUCCCCCCGGGCCUGGCGCUGGCAGCGUGCUCUCUGCAGUGAAGGUGGAGGACGGCUGGGCCCAGGGGCCCCCAGAGCCCGCAUCCUGUCAGCUCAGCAAGCGGACCCACGGCCCUUCUGCCGCGGGCAGCCCCGGGGACAGUGGAGGCACCGCCUGGGUCCGAGUGCCCAGCUGGGGCUCUGCAGCUCGAGCCGGCAGCGCCUCGAGCUCACCCCUGGAAGCCCUGGAGGCCUGUCUGAGGGGCAUCCCCCUGAGUGGGUCGUUACCUUCCCAGCCGCCGGCCAGCUCUUGGUCCCGGAGCCCCCAGCCAGGAGACCCUGGGUCUCAGAGGCCCGAGCUGCAGCGCCUCGAAUCACACAGCAAAGAGGUGGUCUUGGGGCCUCUUCCGGCUCUGGGCCUGCAGGGCUGCACGAGAGAGAGCCCUGUCCUCCCUGCAGGCUCCCAAGGCACCCCCACCAGCUUCUCUUCGUCCAGCAGCGUUGACGGGGACCUGGAUUUCCAGAGCCCUGAGGGCAGCCAGGGGCAUCGGCCUGGAAAAGGAAGCCCCGUGGGAAGCUCCCCGCUCCAGGGCCUGGAGAACUGCCUCAGAGAGAUACCCGCACCUGGGCCGCAGCCCACCUGGUCCUGCUUCUCAGCAGGGCACAGGGGGCCAUGGAGAGUGGAGCCCAAGAACUGGACGGCAGGCAUGGAAGGACUGAGGGGCCAGGCCUGUGAGCCAGCCCACCUGGGACAGCGAGGGGGUGACGUGCCCACCAGGAGCCUCCGCCUGGCCAGCCCACAGGCACUUGCCUCUGGCACCAUCCCUGCCUGCCACCAGCGAGGCCCCAAGGACCCCAGGGCCGCCAGGCCAGGACCGUGGACGUGGCUCCCAGAUGGGCCAGCCACCAAGCCCUCCCCACUCCACUGCCUGGAGAACUCUCUGAAGGGGAUUCUGCCCGGGGGGCCCUUGCGCUUCGCCUGCCUGGCCGACCCUGUCCCGGGCCCCAGCCCCAGCCCCAGCCCCAGCUCCAGCUCCAGCUCCAGCAGCUCGGAAGGAGAAGACCCACGGCUGGAGCCUGAGCUCUGGCAGCCCCUCCUGCAGGAGAGGGACCGCCUUCCCAGCUGCAAGGGCCUUGGCCCUCCUUCCCCACACCCUGGCGGCCCUCGCGCUGGCAGCAGCCCUGGUGAAGGCCGGAGAAGAGGCGAGACCGGGGACCACCGUGGUCUCAGUGCAGCAGGAAAAGCAGAAGAGAAGGUGGGAGGCCGGUCCCAUCCGCCCUGGACAGAAGUGUGCUUGGAGAGCCUGGGCCCGCCUGGCCCCCUGGGCAGCGCCGGAGGAGGUCGUGUCCAAAUAUCCCCGGUCAGAGUGGCUCUGGGAAAACGAUGUGUAUCCACACCCCAAGUGCUCUGUGCCCUUCCUGCGGGGGCAGCUGUGGGUCCCUGCCCUGCCUCUCAGCUGGGGAAAAGGUCGGGAUCUGGGCCCUGCCAGCCUCCUGGGUCAGCCUGCGGGCCCCUGUCCUGGAAUCCGACGGCUGGUGAAGAGUCCAGGGGCCUGGGGCCCGGAGACGGAAGCCCAGGUGUUACAGCCAGGACCCACCCGAGGCCCCUUCCCGGAGAUCCGCCUGGGCCUCCCCCUGGAGUCGCCAUCCCUAGGGCUUUGCCGCGCGCCUCCCCGCGGCCACCGUGCCCCUGCGGGAGUUCCCUGCAGCACGAGCUCCGCAGCCUCGGUGCCGCCCUCUCGGAGAAGCUGGAUCGGCUGGCCGGGGCCCUGGCCGGCCUGGCUCAGGAAGUGGCCGCCGUGAGAACCCAGGUGGAUCGGCUGAGGCGGCGCCCGCGGGGCCCGGGGCCGAAGGGCCUCCUCCGGGGCCCUCGCUGGACUGGUGGCCCUGCUCACAGACACCCUCCCUACUGGAGGCACAAGGGCCCCCGCAGGCCGAGACCGAAGAUCUUGCGGGGCCAGGUGGAAGGCUGCAGGGCCGGCGACUCCCCAGGCCUGGCCAGCGCGAGGCCCCGCCUGGUGCCUCAGCUGCCCCCGGACGUGCCCCUGGCAGAGGCUUCGGGGCCCAGCUCUGGCCUUUCCCCACAGCCUCUCUCCUCGGCAUGCAGCAGCCCCGCUGUGCUGACCGCGUGUCACCCCCUCGGAUGCCCGGAGGGCCACCGGAGCCCCCCGCCCCCUUCACUGCCUGCUGCCCCACCCCCCCAGGUGGCCGCCAGUGCAGGAGCAGAGCCUCGGGCUGCAGCAGCGGCACCGCCCAGGACCCUAAAGUGGCCCAAGGAUCCGAGCUGCCUGUUGGCGGGGCUCCAGAGAACCCUUGAGGGGGAGCUGUGGGGUGGGGAGCACAGGGACCCCGGGUGGGGGCCCCCUAGCCGCCGUCUUACUGGGCUGCGUCCUGCCGAGGAUGCCCCACCCCUGGCCGCCUCUUCUGGGGGCCGGCCGUCCCCCUCGGCCCCCUGCAGCCGAACCUUCCCCGUGUCUGGACUGUGAGGGGGCCGGGAGUGUGCCCUUGGCCUGACCGCCCCGGACUCCAGGAUGCCCGAUGCUCAGGGAGGUGCGUUCCCCAGCCACGCCUCUGGCUUUCUUGACUCAGGUUUGUGUAAAUGUCGCUUCCCCUCCGGCCCUUCCCCGCUGGAACUGCCGGCGCCGGCAGGGGGUGGUACGCGUACGCGCGCGUGCACGCCACGUUGCCGGGGCGCUGCGAGCCGCUGCGGGGGCGCCACGCUGGAGAGCCCCUCUUCCCACCUGCCGUCCUGACCUCAGCGCCGAGAAGCCGAGAAGCCGUGGCUGUCCUCUUCCUGGCGGAUGGGGGCUUAGCUUUCGUUUGGGGCAGAACUCCGCCCCCUGGCCUAAGCGGGAUAUACCUGUGUGGAUUCUAAAAUUACCGACCCUGGUUGCUAAGGAAAAGGCCCAUGGCUCCUACAGAAAGGAGCCUAGAGGGGCCACACCAGGGCGUGGCUGAUGGGUUGUUACCAGCACUGGAGACAAGCCUGCCCUCCCAGAACCUCCAGAGAAUCAGCAACCCCCCUACCCCGCCCCCCAACCCCCCUCCGCGGCUGGGGGAGGAAUUCACACACGACUCCCUGGGAAAGAGCAGCACAGGUGUCGUCUUCCUGGGGCCGCAGUAACAGUACCACAGGCUGGGCGCCCUGAGCAACACACGCUUAUAUCCCCACGGCUCUGGAGGCCAGGUGUCCAAGGUCGAGGUGUUGGCAGUUGGUUCCUUCUGAGGCUGUUCGAGGCCCCUCUCCGUGGCCGGUCGGUGACCGUCCUCGUGUUCACAGGGUGCUGUUCCUGAAUUCAUGCCUCAAAUGUCCCUUUCGUCUGAGGACACCAUCCUCAUGCCCUCACUGUAACAUAAUUACUUCUAUAAAGACCUUGCCUCCAGCUAAGAUCACGUUCUGUGGUGCUGGGGUUAGGACUCCAAUAUACGAACCAGGUGGGAGGAGUGCACACUCCAACCCCUAACACACGUGAGGGGCUGAGCUAAACUUGGGUUCCUCAUGGGGGAAGAAGGCAUGACCGGGGUCACUAGAUCUGCUUUCGCGGCGGCCACCAGGCUGCCCUGGGCCCCACCCCUCAGGUGGCAUUCGGUGUAGCACGGGGAACGGCCUGCAUGUCAUCUGCCGCAUUUCCCUCCCCAGGGUCAGAUCUUUUCUCCCGAUCUUUCCCCACCCGAGUCCGUACUUGAUUUGAGGAAUCCUCGGGACGGUCUGUGCACACACGUCGUCCGGGAAGGCCCUGUGGCGUGGUUAGCUGUGCUGUCAGGGAACCUGGGUGCAGCGCUGAGGCCCAAGCCGACUCGGGGUCCAGAGCGGCUGUAGCCACGAUGGGUGCUUAAGGGGGGCCUUGUGGCUGCUGCACCCAGUGCGUCCCUAAAAUCAGGGUCUUUGGGGACACACGCCGCGCCUGGCCUGCGCUUCUUGCUGCCCCUGUGGAAGGAGCAGGCCACUCGUGCUGGCGGCGGGGUGUCCGGCAGACAGACCAUCGAAGGGGUGUUAGAACAUUUCCAGGACUAGAGUAAGUCCCAAGAUGACUGUCUCGGAAGCUAGUGUUCGUCAGAUCAUGUAAGUAGGAUGUAAGAGACAGUCUUCACGGUUAGCCAUACUUGAUGGAGAAUAAGGAACAGAAAAGUUCUAGGCUUAGGCUUUCCACUCAGGAAGAUGAGUCCAGCUCGUUCCCAGGCUGUGCAGGAGCGACGCUGGGCCCGUUUCAGAGCCAGUAGGAAGGGUCUGACGGCCUGGCGGGGAGAGGGGGUCGGUGCUGCCAGUGAGGGGCCCCGGCCCCGCGGAGGAGACCUCCGCCCAUCCACCUGCCCAUCCGCCUGGGCGGCCUCCCCUCUGCGCGCCCUUCUCAGUGGGGACGGGGCGGAGCACACUGUCCUCCUCUGCGUGACCCUUGAAGGUUCAGUUUUGUGGGCUUUCCGAAUAUCAGCCUGCACGUCAACACACGAGGGAGCACACGGGCCAGAGGGCGGGAGGAGCGGUAGCUCCGGGCUGCGCGGGCCUCCUGCUGCCGCUGGCGGGGAGCACGCGGCGGCUGCGGCCCAGGCGGGGGGCUCCGGGCCCACCUGGACCCUGUGGGAAAGUGCAAGUCCUUUCUCAAGAAUGUAGAAAACGAGUAAUAAAAUGAAUGGUGAGGCACUCCUUGGUCUGCAGCCACAUUCGUCCCCCAGGUCCACUGCCUGCCACGUGGACAAAACCCUUUAUUAACUGAAAAGCCUUCUAGAAUUUCUGAUUUGGUGAGCAAUCUGUGUGCAGUUUUGGAGUUUGGUCCCGUAUCCAUCUCCAACUACUUCGUGAGGAAAUGGGGUCACUCUGGUGGGAGAAACCAAGGGGCCUUUGGAACUCAGGAAUUCCCGGGGUCUGGAGAUGGGGGCAGAGAACCUUCGCUCCCACGGAGCUCCCUCAUGUCAGGGUCCGCGGCGUCCCAUCUGCCCCGCCAGCGCGAGGCCACUGUGAGGCAGGAAGGUGGGAAGGUCCCGCCUCAGCCUGUCGCAUCGGAGCGGGCUCUUCACAGCCCAGUAGAAGGGGGGCCGCCAUGGAGGUGAAGGGGUGCGGGGGCCACAGUCGCCUGCCUGAGAUGCCCCACGACGUCACCGCUCUCUGCGGAAGGAGCUCGGCGCACGGGCAGACCAGGCUUGCUCUAGACCUUGUGUCCUUGUGUUUUAUAUGUGGCUUCUGUAAACAGCCUACGGUCGGAUUUUGUCUUUUAAUCCAGCCUGACAAAUUUUGUCCUUUACUCAGAGCCCUUAAUCCAUUUAUGUGCAAAAUGAUGGCUGAUACAUUGAGAUUUGAAUAUAGCAUCUUAUUUUGUGCUUAUGUUUGUCUCACUCGGUGGUGGGGAGUUCCCGGCUUUCCUGCCACCUUUUGUACUGACAGUGUUGUGGGUUUUGUUUGUUUUCAGUCAUUCCAUUUUCUCCUCAACUAGCCUCAACAUUUAAAGAAGUAAAAGGGAAGACAUCCAAAUUUACAGCUGUAUUUGGGAAGUUUUAGCAUAGGUUUUUAAGAAAUUGAUAGGCCAAAUCAGGAAGGAUAUGGAAGAUUUGAACAAGCCAAUUAACAAAAUUGGCUCGAUUGAUGAAUAUCUAGAACACUGCACCACAGGACUACAGAAUAUUCAUUCUUUUCAGGCAUACACAGAACAUUUACAAAAACUGACCCUAUACUACGCCCUAAGUGUAAACAAAUUUUAAAGUAUUCAAAUUACACUGAAUAUGCUU